AGAUUUCUAUGACUAUUCCAGGUUCUCACAGAAUUCUAGGAAUUUCAUAACAUUUCAUUUGGGACUCAUUGUUGUUGCGUUCGUGACUACGUGACUAACUGUCUGUGCGACGAACAGUUUCUACCUCAAGCAUGUCUUUAAAAGAAGAAAACGACAAUGUUGAAGAUGCACUAUCAGAUGAUGACAAGCCAUCAUUUCCUACAAAAACAAAUGAAAUCGUGGAUGAAAGUUUUAACCUGGAGAAAAUGCUUGAUCCAGAUGCAGAGUGUGUUGAUUUGGAACAUUGUCGCAUUGGAAGUAUUGCUGGUUUUGAACGACUAAAAAAAGUGGAAGAAUUAUGUUUACGAAAUAAUCUACUAAAACAAAUCCAAGGUCUUGGUUGUCUCGCUUCAACUCUUACGUCUCUUGACCUUUAUGAUAACAGGAUCAAGAAAAUUGAGAAUUUGGAAGAUCUCGUCUUGCUAGAAUCUCUGGAUUUGUCAUUCAACCUUAUGCGAACUAUCGAAGGAUUAGAAAACCUUGUCAAAUUAAAGAAAAUUUAUUUGCUGACAAAUAAAUUCACGAAAAUUCAAAACCUUAGUCACUUAACAAGUCUGACUAUGCUGGAGCUUGGUGAUAACCGUAUUAGGGCGAUUGAAGGGUUAGAAACGCUCAAAAAUCUUCAAGAAUUAUAUCUUGGGAAAAACAAAAUCACAACUAUAGGGAACCUCAGUGAGCUGAAAAACCUGAAAAUCUUAGCUCUCAUGAGCAACAGAAUAACAAAGAUUGAAGGUCUUGAUGCACUCACUAAUCUGGAAGAGCUUUAUAUGAGCCACAACGCAAUUGAAAAAAUUGAAGGCUUGGAAAAUAAUACUAAUCUUCAGACAUUAGAUGUUGCUGGAAACAAAAUAACUCGAGUAGAGAAUCUUUCUCAUUUGUCAGAACUGGAAGAGUUUUGGGCAAACGACAACAAAAUCCAUGAUUGGAACGAUAUGGACGAACUAAAGAAAUGUCCCAAGUUAAUUACCGUCUACUUGGAACACAAUCCUCUACAGACUUCCCAUGCCACGCAAUACCGCAGAAGGUUAAUGGCCAUUAUGCCAAAUUUGAAGCAAAUUGAUGCCACGUACACACGGAGCGCUAUGUGAGGCUUAUGUAUCUAGUAAUGGAAACGGGGGCCAAGAUGGCCACCUUUUAAGAACUGUCAACAUCCAUUAUUAAUGGGUCUGUAUCUAUUUUUACUCCCGUAUAAAGUGCUCUCGUUGAAUCGUUAGGUUUCAAUUAACUGCACUAAUGUUCUUGUUGGUUCGAUCGUAUUUCAAGGUCGUUGAAAUAAUAAAUUCGAAUUGUAUUGUCUUCAAGUAAUUGCAUUAAAAAUUUUCAAUAAACAAUAUGUAGUCUGACUUUUAUUUGAGAUAUCCUUUUAGUUGCUGGACAGAAAGAUGAAAUGUUUUGAACAUUUUUAUAUACAUCAAAAAUAUUUAAGUUUGUCAAAACUUUUUUUAUCCUUCAUUUUUAUGUCUCUUGUAAACAUUUUAGGAUUAGCGGUCUCUUUAUGAUUUGGAUUUUUUACAUUCUACCACUUAUGUUUAAGAUAUAUUUUUCAUCCCUUAAUAGAAAAGUUUCUGCAUAUCAAGAUUGUGUGAACUGUCUUAAAUAUAUUUCAUCAAAAACAUUUUAUAUCAGUCA